AUGAAGUUAGAUGCAACAGACUUGCGAUAUAUUUCAGCAGAUGAAUUCAGGGUGCUUUCAGCAGUAGAGAUAGGUUCGAAGAAUCAUGAGGUCGUACCUACAUCCCUCAUAGCCGAAUUGUCAGGAAUCAGAGGAGGGAAUGUGAAUAAAGCUUUAGGGGAGUUGGCCAAGAGGAAUUUAGUGGGACGAUCACAGAAUAUCAAGUACGAUGGAUAUCGAUUAACUUACGGAGGAUUAGAUUACCUGGCCCUAAGGACAUUCUCAAGAAGGAAACUACCAAGUGUGCAUUCAGUAGGAACUAGAGUGGGUGUAGGAAAGGAAAGUGACAUUAUGAUAGUGGCCGAUGAAAGUGGUGAAAAGAGAAUUUUGAAAAUGCACAGACUGGGUCGUAUCUCCUUCCGAGCGAUCAAAUCGAAGAGAGAUUAUCUAGGUAAAAGGAAAAGUGCCUCAUGGAUGUAUAUGAGUAGAUUGUCAGCUCAGAAGGAAUUCGCAUUUAUGAAGGCAUUAUAUCAACACGACUUCCCUGUACCAGUGCCCAUAGAUCAAGCUAGACAUUGUGUGGUGAUGUCUCUGAUAGAUGGAUACCCAUUACGAGCGAUAGAACAAUGCGAUGAUCCCGCCGACCUCUACUCCAAAUUGAUGGAAUUGAUCGUUAGAUUAGCUCACGCAGGAUUGAUACACGGUGAUUUCAACGAAUUCAACAUUAUGAUCCAACGUAAGACCGGUGAACCAGUCGUGAUUGAUUUCCCUCAGAUGGUCAGUACGAGGCAUGAGAAUGCGGAAUACUUCUUCAACAGAGAUGUUAAUUGUAUAAGACGUUUCUUCCGACGUAGAUUCAGGUAUGAGGGAUUAUCUUGGCCCACUUGGAAAGAUGUUUUGGAAGUGGAGGAUGAAGAGGAAGAGAAAGAGGAUAAAGAACUUGGCCCUAUAUCGGAAGAAGACGAAGAGGAAGAAGAAGCAGAGACGAAAGAUGUUGAAGAGCAAGUUAAGAGACUGAGGAUAGAUUUGGAAGUGGAAGCUAGUGGUUUUGGUAGGGCCCUUCAAAGAGAAUUGGAAGACUAUAUGCUGGAAGUCCAAGAUUUACCCCCCAGCGAUGAUGAGGACGAAGAUGACGAGGACGAAGAUGACGAGGACGAAGAUGAAGACGAGGACGAGGACGACGAAGAAGAGGAAGAAAGAGAAGUUGCACAGGAAGAUAAUUCUGCUCCAUUCGACGAAGCGGCUUUCCAAGCUGAGAUGUCAGCUCGACUGGAAGCUAUCAGACUACACAAAGCACUGGGUAACGAUGACCCCGAUGAUCUCGAAUUAGAACAUGGAUCUGAACAUUCCUUGAGCGAUCUAUCAGAAUCUGAUUCGGAUGAUUCAGAUGAUUCGGUUGGACCUGCUCAGACGGACUACACAUCGUAUAUACCUUCUCAGCGGCAUACUCGAAGACAUCACGACAGAGUACAGAUUAAGAAACUUGGUGAUACUGCCAAGAAAGGGUCUGAUGUAAUUAAAGAGACUGUUGCGAGGCAGGUAUCGAAGGAAAGACAGAUGACUGAAAGGAAACAUCAUUCAAAGAGCGGAGGGGCGAAGCCCGGUAAGAGGAAGGGUAGUAAGUGGAAGAAUUCUGAUAAGUAUGCUACCGGGGGCGGAAAGGACGGUGGAUGGUAA